AUGAAUAGUCAAUAUGUGCGCUUUGAAGUGUUUGGAUGUGAAACUGAGGAACUAACAGACUUCUGGGAAAAGACAAUUGAAAAACAAACUAAGCAUCUGCAAAUUGAAAAAGAACGUCAACAGAGAAGUGCUCUGCCAAAACUCAGAACUGAAUGGAAGGAGAGGUUGGAAAAAAGGAUACAAAUGAUGAAGACUCAAAAUGAAGAGCCAGCUAGUUGA